AUGACAACGGCAGUGGCAGAGGCGGUUGCUCGCCGAGCACCAGAGGCUUUCAGACUCGGAAAGAAGGAAAUUUUUCUGCCGAACCAUGUCAUCACCUUCAUCCGCAAGGACAGACAACCACCGAACUGGGCGACCUUCCACGUGCCCCUGACCUUCACCAAGUUCGACCUUCGCGACUACCUCUGGAACCUGUAUGGCGUUGAGACGACGGCGGUGCGCGCGUGGGUGAAGCAGACGGCCGUCCAGCGCAAGAGCAACAGGGGCGGUUACUUCCGCCCGCAAAGCCAAAAAUUCAUGAUGGUUGAAAUGACAAAGCCCUUCGUAUGGCCCUCGCCGCCCGAGGAUCUCGAGCCCUGGAACAAGAAGCUGUGGGAAGCGCGUGAGCAGUCCUCCAGCAAGCAGUACAAGGCCGACUACCAGCGUCAGCUCGGCAAGCUGGUUUACCCGAGCAAGGAGCCCGCCGACGCCGCGCGGAAGAAGCUGCGCCAGGAGGCGAAGACGUUAUUGAGCGGGUCCAAGAAGUGGACGGGGCCGGAGCAGCUGGACAGCAAGUGGGACAGUAUCGUCAAGGCUUCGAAGAGGAAGUGA